AUGACAUAUAUUAGAACACCUGACGGACAAGAAACAAAGAGAAGCAUUUAUGGUAUUAGCACAUCGCAAGUCAAUCCCAACUACUCGAGUUCAGACUUAUCAAACGUAAACUAUGGGGCCAAGGAAAACAAUUACAAGUUCCAGAAGCCAGGACCGUUGGGGAUUUCUCAUGCGUUCAGUCCAUUCCAGAUGCCGCCUACGCCUCCGUUUUCCAACUCGAGUACCCCGGUGAAGGAGACGGAUCCGUUUGUAUUCGUUGACCAAAAUACGAGACAGAAAUGGUACUUCAAGUGGCUUCCACCGAUGGAUCCUAAGAUCGUGGUGCUCUGUUUGUGCUGGUAUUUCUGCUCGAUUAUAUCUAAUAAUUCUACAAAAUCCAUAUUGAGAGAGUUUCGUUACCCUAUUACGCUUGCUCAAUGUCAAUUUGUGUUGAACUCGGCAUUCUGCGUUACGUUAUUUGCAUGCCUCUUGUAUUUGAAGAAUAUAGGUGGCCAAGGCCAAGUCAAUAAGUACUUUCCAGUGGGAUCAAUACCAAACAUACAUGAAGUGACCACACUCAGGACAUUUGUAGCCCCUACACCUUUGAUUAUUUCAACUACGUUAUCUAUGGGAAUAUUCCAGUUCGUGGGACAUAUCACUUCACACAAGGCAACUUCAAUCAUUCCAGUUUCGAUGGUACACACUAUUAAGGCAUUAUCACCAUUAACCACUGUUUUGAUUAACCGUUUUGCAUUCCUGACCAAAUAUAAGAUUGUCACGUAUCUUUCAAUGAUUCCAUUAAUUUUUGGAAUCAUGUUAAGCUGCUACAAUCCAAAGCAUUUAAAAAACGAACAGUUAUAUUAUAAAACUGGAAUUGCAUACGCAUUUAUUUCAAUGUUAAUAUUCGUUAUUCAGAAUAUUUCAGCCAAAAAAUGUUUGACAUUCACAGAAAAACCUUCUAGCCUACCCGUAUCAAAAGAUAGGGAUACCAAAAAAUUGGAUAAGUUGACGAUUCUAUUAUUCUGCUCUAUCAUUGGAUUUACGUUCACGUUACCAUUCUAUUUGUACCUGGAAUGUGUAAAUCCUCAUCUUUCAAUCACUGAAUUAACAUCAUAUACCCUCUCAUUGAUCAUACUUAAUGGUUUGUCCCAUUUUUUACAAUCUUUGCUUGCAUUUCAAAUAUUAGGCUCAAUAUCUCCCAUCAAUUAUUCUAUUGCUAACAUCAUGAAGAAAAUUGCUAUUAUUUUGGUCUCAUUUCUUUGGGAGAGACAGAGCAUUUCAUCCAACCAAAGCUACGGAUUGGUAUUAACCAUAAUUGGGUUAUACUGCUACGAUAGAUGGGGAACUAAAUAA